AGAGAAAGAUUUACACACUUUCCAACCAUGAGAGUCGUCCUGCUGGUAUUGCUGUUGUUGUUUGCAGUGUGGGCCGAUUCAGCCCAGUCUCAGAAAGCUCUCAGGCUCUGUGGCCGGGAGUUUUUUCGGGCUGUGGUGUACACAUGUGGGGGUUCCAGAUGGAGGAGGGGCCAAAAUGAGGACAACGUAAAAGGCUAUGAAAUGCAGACUGACAAGGAAUUCUUUACGACCACUGCAGAGAUGGAUCGAUCAGGAAGAGACCUUGACUCACUGCUGCCCUUGUUGUGCUGUAAAGUGGGUUGUCACAAAAAUGAUCUGGCCCUUUUGUGCUGAGAAACACUCAAUUAUGAUCAGCUGUCGAAGUUUGGCUUGCUCACUUGGGGUUAGGCGCUACUUUUUUGUAAAGACGUACCUCUCUAUCCAUUCUAUUUUUAAUUCGCACAGUGACAGAUUUGAAUAUAAGGAGGUCUUAUAAAAAUAAACAGUGUGUAUUUUAUAAUGUCUUACUGCUGUUCUGUUCAUCAGAGGGUCACACUAAAUGUAUCUCUAUAGUGUUUA